AUGGCAUGGCAGCCGGCCCCAGAGUCGUUGCGGACGCUCAUUGGCUGUCUCAAGGACUCCCAUAAUGGCUUUGACCUGACGGCCCAGAAGCAGGCGGAGAUUAUGCUCACGCAAGCCAAGAGCUCGCCCGACUUCAGCAACUAUCUUGCGUGCAUUUUCUCGAGCCCAGCACAGCCAGAGGGCGUCAGCAUGUCUGGCACCGAUUACAACGUGGUUCGAUAUGCGGCGGGCAUCAUGCUGAAGAACACGGUCAAGACGUCGUAUAAGCAGCUGCUGGAGCCGAGCGUGGCGCUGAUCAAGGCAGCCGUGCCGCUCGGGCUGCAGGACGAGAGCCCGCAGGUGCGCAGCUACGCGGGCAGCAUUGCAACGGAGCUGGUUCGCCGCGGCGGACUGUACGCGUGGCCGGAGCUGCUCAACGACCUGCUGGCGAUGGUGGGCAACACGACGGGCCAGGUGUCGGUGGCGGCACAGGAGGGCGCGAUGGCGGCCAUGACCAAGAUCUGCGAGGACAACGCGAGCCUGCUGGAGCGCGAGCAGAACGGGCAGCGGCCGCUCAAUUUUCUGCUGCCGAAGCUAAUCGAGGCCUGUGACAGCCCGCUACCCAAGGUGCGGGCGCAGGCGCUGACGGCGAUCAACGAGUUUGUGCCGCACAAGUCGCAGGCGAUGCUGGUCAACAUCGACGCGCUGCUGCAGCGGCUCUUUGCGCUGGCGCCGGACCCGAGCUUCGAUGUGCGGCGGCAGGUGUGCCGGGCGUUUGUGUAUCUGGUGGAGACGCGGGCAGACAAGCUGCAGCCGCACCUGGCCGGGCUGGUCGACUACAUCAUCACACAGCAGAAGGACGAGGAGGACGAGGACCUGGCCUGCCAGGCGGCCGAGUUCUGGCUGUCGGCCGGCGAGCACGAGUCGUUCUGGCGGAGUCUGGUACCGUUCAUCCCCAAGAUCAUUCCAGCCCUGCUGGAGGGAAUCGUGUAUAGCGGCGAGGAUAUUGCGCUGUACGGCAGCGCGUCGGACGACGAGGACGAGGACGACCGACAGGAGGACAUCAAGCCGCAGUUCGCCAAGCGCAGCGGCGUGCGCAAAGGCUGUGCGGCGGCGCUGGACGUGUUGUCACGUGACUUUGGAGACGCCAUGUUCGAGUGCGUGCUGCCGUAUCUGACGACGAACCUGCGGCACGCGGACUGGCCGCAGCGCGAGUCAGCCGUGCUAGCACUCGGGGCCGUGGCCGAGGGCUGCAUGAACGCAGUACGGCCACACCUGCCGCAGCUGGUGCCAUACCUGAUCACGCUGCUGAACGACUCGGAGCCACUGGUGCGGCAGAUCACGUGCUGGACGCUCUCACGCUACGCACUGUGGGCAGCCGGGCUGCCAGACCCGGCCGAGACGACGGCCUUUUUCGAGCCGAUGAUGGGCGGGCUGCUGCUGCACAUGCUGGACCGCAACAAGAAGGUACAGGAGGCGGCGGCAUCGGCCAUGGCCACGCUGGAGGAGCAGGCCGGCAAGACGCUGGAGCCGUAUGCAGGACCGAUCAUCCAGCAGUACGUGCAGUGCUUUGAAAAGUACAAGGACCGGAACAUGUACAUCCUGUACGACUGCGUGCAGACGCUGGCGGAGGCGAUCGGGCCUCUGCUGGCCCAGCCAGAGUUGGCAGGCCAGCUGAUCCCGGCGCUGUUCCGGCGAUACGACAGCGUGCCGGAUGAGUCGCGUGAGCUCUUCCCACUGCUGGAGUGCUUCUCGUACGUGGCCAUGUCGCUGGGGCCGGUGUUUGGGCCAUAUGCGCAGCCGGUGUUCCGGCGCUGCGUCACCAUCAUCCACCAGAACCUGGAGCAGGCGCUGGCGGCGGCAGCCAACGGCCACGUCGACGCGCCGGACAAGGAUUUUCUGGUGACGAGCCUGGACCUGAUCAGUGCUAUCAUCCAGGCGCUGGCCGGUGGCGGCGAGGCGGGCGCGCUGGUGGCCGACACACAGCCGGCCUUCUUUGAGUUGCUGGGCUUCUGCAUGGAGGAUCCGAGCGACGAGGUGCGGCAGUCGGCCUACGCCGUGUUGGGCGACUGCGCCCGCUUCGUCUUUCCGCAGCUGCUACCCUGUCUGGCCGACGGGCUGCUGCCGAUCCUGGUGCGCCAGCUCGAGGUCGACGGCCUGCUGGACGACGAGGCCGACAGCGGCUUCAGCGUCAUCAACAACGCCUGCUGGAGCGCCGGCGAGCUGGCCGUGCAGCUUGGCGAUGGCAUGCGGCCACACGUCGACUCGCUGCUCAAGAGCUUCGUCGCCAUCCUGACGGACCCUCACGUGCCGCGUGGCGUGAACGAGAACGCAGCGAUUGCGCUCGGCCGCCUCGGGCUCGGCUGCAGCGAGGCCCUCGCGCCCCAUCUGCACACCUUUGCCGAUGACUUUCUCGCUUCCAUGGACGGUGUCGAUCCGACCGACGAGAAGGCUACCGCUUUCAAGGGCUUCACCAUGGUCGUGUCCCACAACCCGGCCGCCAUGGAAAAAGUCCUGCUGCAUUACUUCCGCUCUAUUGCCCGCUACCAGGACAUUGCCCUGCUCAACCCCAUCAAGCAGGACCUGCACGAGGUUUUCCAAAAUAUCCUCUUCCGGUACCGUGAGCUUAUUCCCCAGUUCGACACCUUCCUCGCCCAGCUUGACCCGCAAGACGUGGCCGUCCUGAGGACCAGCUACGGCGUCUGA